AUGUUUUCGCUUACACAGAUAUUCGUUAUCGUAUUAGCCUUCAAUACUUACUAUCAACAUGAUCAAGUUGUAGCACAAGGCCCUUCCGCUGUUGCUCCAAUUACCAAACACAUUAAUACUGCUAAGCCUUUGUUUAGCGUUCAGAUUACGAGUACCGAUUUCAUGGAGAAUGAAUCCUCGGACUCUAAUUUUCUUAUUGACAUCGACGCUCCAUUAGUUUUUCACGACUGCAGUGAGAAUUGGAAACCAUAUCCGGUUCCAUGUGACGAAUAUCAAUGUGAAGAUGUGCAAGCUACUUACUCAUCCAAGAGCUCGCAAUGUCGUCCCUUAUCAAAAAAUCCAAUUCUACCCGGUUGGGGAUACUGCGGAUGCCCAGUCAAUGUGAUCAAUCCCGUUACAGGAUCUUGUGACCGUGGGCAGCUUAACUACGACUACUUCCUACUCACCGCAAGUGACCAGGGUAGGAAUCCUACAACUAGUAUCUAUCAUUCUAACCCUACCGGAUUGUGUGCUCCUUCUGCAUCAUUUCAAUCCUACCCGAAAGAUGUUACUGGUGUCAUGACCCUUUCAUCUUCACCUUAUGCGUUACCCGCUGAUUUAUCUUCAUAUAAUAUGUUUAAAAAAAUAACAGCUUUAUGUUUGCCUAGCAACUCAUCUGCACCAGGGGUUUUCUUAUAUGGAGCUGGUCCUUACUACCUUCUUCCCAAUUCCAGUGCUGAUAUACGAAGUUAUCUUGCUUAUACCCCGUUACUAAAGCGUCCAGGUUCGUUUGGAUACUUUAUCAGCGUCAGUUCCAUUGUCAUUAAAAAAAGAUCUAUUGACAUUCCUGCUAAUGCCACUGCCAAGCUUACUACAACUGAGCCUUACACCACUCUUAGAACCGACAUUUAUAAUCCCUUGGUUCGACGGUUUUCAAUGGUUACAAAACGGCUCCAACCUGCAAAGCCAGUUGCACCAUUCAGUCUUUGUUUUAGCGCCGCCUCCACCGCCAAUAAUACUACCAAAUCUGGUUUAAAAGUUCCCGAUAUUGAGUUGAAUCUCCAGGGUGGGAAGAAGUGGGCUAUAUCGACAGCUAACUCGAUGAAGCAAGUAACGAAAGACGUGGCGUGUCUAGCAUUUGUUGAUGGUGGUGCAACGAGUGAUCCUGCAAUCGUGAUUGGAACAUUUCAAUUUGAGGAUAACUUUGUGGUGUUUGAUUUAGAGAAUUCGACUUUUGGGUUCAGCUCCUCCUUGUUAAGUAAGAAGACUUCUUGUUCAAACUUCAACUUUACGAAUUCCGAUUAUCCUUAUUGAAGCUGGAUCGUACGUAAUUUAACUGUGGAAUGUUGUUAUAUGUAUAUGAAUAAAGAACUUGUUGAAUGUUGUCUUGCGAAACAGUAACAAAAAAGGUUUCAUUAUUUCUCGAUCGUGCUUUGAUUUUCAUUUGAGUA